AGCCGGCGGCGGCUGAGGGAGGAGGAGGAGGCGGCGGCCGCGCCCGCCUCGCCUCCCGCCCGCCGGGGAGCCACGGCUGAGGCGCAUGGAGACAGCGGCCGGCGCCGCGGGCUGGGUUCUUUUCUUCCAUCUUCCUCUCAUCUCUGGAAGCUCCAUCCGUAUUGGAAUAGGCAGCAAUUAUUCCAAUCUCUACGAACAGAGCAUUCUGCCUUGUAAAAAAGAAGAACUACAGUGUGGUAACGGCCUCUGCCUCUCAAACUGGCUGCGCUGUCACUACAAGAAGGACUGUGGCAGAGACUACAUGUCCAUCAAGCUAACCUGCUCAAAAGUUCACUUGAACCAGAGCAGCCCAACCAGUGAAUUCCCCAGCUACGGUGAAAACGGAAAUGAUACCAGUUUGCUUGUUUCACCCCUUCUGGUGGCUGGAGUAGUGAUCGGCCUUGUGCUAUUUCUCUCCUGCGUUACAAUCAUUGUUGGCAGCCUGCGAAAGGAUGGACGGUUAAGGCACCCCCACCAGAGGAGAGACACUGUUUAUGCUCCAGAUGGCUUCUCUUACGGUGGCUCUUUUGGGGAGCUAAGAUCCACCUGCAUGGAGGAGUUCCCCCCAGCUUUUGAUUUUGGUUCUUAUCUGGAUACGCUUUCUCAGGUCAACAUCAUGUAUCCCGACUCACCACCACGCUACGAUGAAUGCGUGGGGCCAGGAGCAACACAAAUGUAUAUUCCCACAGAUGAUCCCCCCCCCUAUUCUCUUACGGACCCCUGUCAAGGAAAUGAAAUAUCUAUAAACAUUAGCCUGGAAGAGGAAGAAGCAUCUGGGACUACAGGACAGGCUGCAAAUUACGCAGUCAGGCUGCAGGACUUGCAGCAGCCCAUUUCAUCCAUCUCUUUGUCGUCUCUCACUCUGGAGGCUGCUCCUCUGUACGAAACAGUGGUGUGCGAACAGAACAUCCCCAUCCCACUGGUUCCAGUGGAAGUACUGAAAAAUUCUCCCACUGACUAUCAGACCGUUCUGAACCAAAUCAUGUGAAUGAAAGUGGCUUUUUCCUUCCAUCUUUCUGAAGAACUCAGGCUGAGAAAAAAAAACAUUUAAAUGGAAGAAUAAAACCUCUGAAAGUUUUACCUAUUUUAUAUCUUUAAAAAGGGAUGUAAUGGGAUUGCUUUUUUAUUUUUUACAGUGAAUUUUGAAAGUUUACCUAAAGUUCCCUCUUUGUGCUUCAAAGUGUUCCAUGGCAUCACACAGCAUAAAAAAGCAGCAGUGACAAGCAGCGCAUCCGACCUUUUGAAGCAUUUCCAAUGACACUGAAAUUAGCCUCUCGGUGUAGAUAUAUGUUAUCCAGUCAAGCUAACUUGUUGAUUUUAUGAUACUUCGCAUGCUGUAGAGCAGAAGGAAAAAGAAGAGCAUUUUGUUGUCUUUGUAGGUGUCAUUAGUACAUUUCAUUCAAUGUCUUGGCAACAAAGCAUUUUUUAAAAAAUUCUUUGUCUAAAUAUGUAUUUCAGUAGACAGAGACAGAACACUGCCUGCAAAACAUGAUUAGCAGUACUGCGUAGGAGCCAAACAAAAAGAAGCAGAGUAUUUUGAUACAUUUUUCCUUCAGAAAGCCUGGCCAGUACCAAAGCCUGCUGUAAACGGGCAAGCGAUGGAGAGGUGGCAAUGGAUCCUCACACACCAAUUGGCUUUACCCACCAAGUUGUGCACCAGCUGUGUGCAGCCUGGGAGCUGGGCACCCUUCACAGGGACUUGAUGUAGCUAAGGAAAGGCAGCAUCUGGAAGCCCAGAAGAUGCUUCGUGCCAAUUCCCAUCAUGCACGACUACAUUUUCAGGCACUAACUCAUUUUUCAGUUAGGAGCCUGUAGCACUAAAAAAAGGACCUUGACCUCUAGAAAUUGAGCAAGUGGGAUGUACAUAAUAGAUGCUGCACUCAGCAGUCACAAUAACAGAGAUUCUCACUUUGUACAGAAACUUUUUCUGUUAGACACAAUCCUCUUCACUGAGAUUUUGCUACUCAUAAACCUAGUCUCUGUUCAUAGACCUGGACUUCUCACACAUCCAUUUGAUGAAUGCACAGAAGUUGCAGAUGCAUGCUGGCAGGAACAACAGAAAGAACUGCAGGCAUGAGUUUAAUCUUGCACGGUACACAGGCAUCCUGUCUACAUUUAAGGACUAAGCUGUGUCUUCAACCAGCACUAGUUAGCAGAGCUAUCAGGGGCUCAUCUCCAUUAAAUCUUUUACGGGUAUUUUCACUGAAAAAAAUGUUUAACUUUUACACUGAUAAAAUGGACUUCAGUUUGUUACCCCCAAUGAAGGAAAAGUUAAAAGGAGCAUGGUACAUGUACAACUGUGUUUAAAAGGAAGCAUCAUUCCAAUUAUGAAAACUGCACUUAGAUUUUCUGUAAAUACAAAAUAAUUUUCAACAGUAAUCAUUCCUCAACACUCCAAAGAUCGACAUAAAUAUAAUUAAUACUUAGAUGGGAAGUAAUUACAUGAUUCUUACUGCUCUAUGAAUUAUAUCAUUGCUGAGUCAUAUGCAAUGAUAGGGUAAGGUAAGUACAUAUUUUUUGCUAAGCUGAUAAGAGUAAAUCUGUAUUUUGCUAAAACAACAGAAAUCAUUUGCAGUUCUCCAAAAUUUUCAACAUACUAUACCCAAAACAACAAAAAUUCACCAUUUUGCGUUGCAAAACAUACUGGCAGGUAUUGCCAGAAUCUAGGCUAAAUUAUUCAGCAUUCGUAUUUUUACCAGACAGAACCAUUCUUCUGUAUAAAGUACUACCGGAAAUAGUUGUGUGGCAUGCAAAAUACCCUGCAAUCAGAGAGACAAAACUCUACACCAUUACGGACAGAAAAGAAAAUCAACACAGAAGGCUACCAGUCAGUUCUAUUGGCAGGAAAAUAAAAAGUGAAGGAAGGUGCAGAGGUUUAUUUAUGCAGAAUACCACAUGCUUCCAUAGUUGUCUUCCUGCAGCUCUUGGAGACCUGCCUAGAACAGGGUAAGACACUGGGACCAGACCAUGCCCACUUCAGGCUGCUGGCAGGGACUAGAGAAGGAAUUAAUUAAUAUUAGAAAGCAAAUGUGACUUUUUUUUAAAAAACAAAAACAAAAACUGUCUCUUCCACCUGUACAGCAAACCUGACGGUACUUCCGAAGACAAGCAGAGGGCUUUUCAUGUCUGACAAUCAAGCCUCUAAAGCCUCUACUCUGUUACAAAUGCUUACAUUUUCUAUGUAUUCUGGGAAAUGCUUCUAGCUGUUUGGCUUUACACCUGACAGAGAUUUCAGGCCCUUCCGCUAUCUAAAUGUGGAAAGAAAAAAAAAAGAUUUUUAAAAACAAGCUGAUUUUAAGCAGGGUUCUGAUAAAAAUGGGAGAGUUGCAUUUUACCUCAUGACAGAAAUGCUUCACUAAAAUUUAGUAAACUAAUCCAAGUCUUCUUGAUUUGAACACAGUUAAGACAUCCUCAGUAUUGCGAUCUGGAUCGCAUGUAGCAGCAUUACUGACAAAUAGCCAUCUACUCCCUCUUGUGGUACACUGCUUUAGAAAGUCAUCUAGUCGGCACACCACUACACCCAGGUCACAGCGGGACUCAUUCAGCCAGACAAUCCCAGCUUCUUUGUCACAGGGAUGCGGAAGCCAACCAGAACACACUUCCAUUACAUCGCACUUUCCUAAGUUAGCACUAAAUGCACACAUUCCAUCAUUGAUUAUCAACUAACAUCUUUAAAAAAAAAUUGUGAAUUCGAGAUACAAUGUGAUACCUUAGCAAGACCACUUGCAAAAAUAACUUAGUUAAAAAGAUUAUCAAGACUAGAAAAUUCUAUGUUAUAUCCAACCAAGUUGAGAGAAAAAGCUUACAAAUCCAAACCAUACGCCUCUGCAAACAGACAAUACCAUAAACAGCAUCUUCUAAAUUUAAUGGAAGGUGAGUUAUACUCUUAAGAAAUUCACAUGCUCUUCUUAGAUUUUAUCCUCAACUCUGGCAUCAUUUUAAUGGCAAUCCUAAAAACAAGCUGAAUGCAGGCCUUUCAUCUAUUACAUGGUUAAUGUGAGAAAGAAAACUGUUUGGAUGUACUGUUUCUUGAUACUUGAUAACAAUGCUGUAUUUCUAUACUCAUCUGUUUUGCUUCGAUUUUUAGUAUAUGGCUCUUUACAGACAACCUUUAGUAAAGAAUAUACACACAUUUG